AUGAGCGUCAAAAUGGCGGAGAAGCACAAGAUAGAAGUUGAUAGCGCGAAGGACGAAGAUUCUCAGGAUGACGUUAUCGGCCCUUUACCUUCGGAAGCCAUACCGCGAAAAAGGAGAAGAGUUCUUCCACUCGAACGUGUGUACCUUGAAAACCUACCGUGCGCGGAAGCGUACGAAAAGAGUUACAUGCAUCGAGAUACAGUCACCCACGUUAUUGUUACCAAGACGGACUUCGUGAUCACAGCGAGCUGUGACGGUCACAUCAAAUUUUGGAAGAAAAGAGAAGAAGGAAUCGAGUUCGUUAAACACUUCCGCACCCACCUAGGAAAUGUUCAAGACCUGGCAGCCAACUGCACAGGCCUGUUCCUUAGCUCGGUUUCUAGUGACAAGACUCUCAAGGUUUUCGAUAUUGUCAAUUUCGACCUCAUCAACAUGAUGAAGCUUCCUUACAGUCCUGGCCGUUGUGAGUGGGUGUACGGCCAAAGUGAUCCAAUCGCUGCUGUUGCAGUGUCUGACGCAGAAACGGGAGCGAUCUAUGUUUACGACGGACGGGGGUCCGAAGAAGCUCCGAUGGAAGGGCCGGCCAAAGGUCUUCUCGAUCUUCAUCGGUCACCCGUUACGAUAAUUAAAUACAAUCCCAAGUUCGACACUGCAAUAUCUGUUGACAAGCAAGGGAUAGUGGAGUAUUGGACUGGUCAGAGGGGAGAUUUUGGUUUUCCCAAACACGUAGAGUUCCAGUCGAAGCUAGAUACAGACCUCUACGAGUUCGUCAAAGCCAAAACCUACCUUACGGGACUGACAUUCUCGCCCGACGGCUAUCACUUUGCAACCAUGGCUACCGACAGGAAAGUCAGAGUGUUCCGGUUCCUUACGGGCAAGCUCGUCCUAGUGCUCGAUGAAGGUCUGCAACAACUUUCCCAGUUGCAGCAGAUGCAACAGCAGUUGCCCGACAUGGAAUUUGGACGCAGGAUGGCUGCCGAGCGUGAUCUAGAGAAGUCCGAAUCGUUCCUUUAUUGCAAUCUAGCCUACGACGACAGUGGCCACUUUCUGAUGUACGCCACACUGCUAGGUAUUAAGGUGAUCAACCUGCACAGCCGAACGUGUGUACGCUUGUUGGGUAAGAACGAGAACAUUCGACCCCUGCACAUCGCACUCUUUCAGGGAGUGGCCGGUGAGAGAGCAGCACCUACGGUUGAAAUGUGCGCGUCCGACAACCCAACGUUGGAUGCUGCAGCCCAGCCAGAUCCGACCUUGGUGUGCAGUGCUUUCAAAAAGAACCGUUUUUAUUUGUUCAGCCGGAGGGAACCCGACGAAUCUAAAGCCGAGGAACGGGACGUGUUCAACGAACGCCCCUCCAAGGAAGACAUAAUGUCGGCCACUCAGGCCUCCAGUGUAACGCAGCGCCUUUUCCCCACAGCCAUCAUUCACACAACAAUGGGAGAUAUACAGUGUUCUUUAUUCGUGAAGGAGUGCCCGCGUACGGUGGAAAACUUCUGCGUGCACGCGAAAAACGGCUACUACAACGGCCACCUGUUCCACCGAGUCAUCAAAGGGUUCAUGGUGCAGACGGGUGACCCGACCGGCACGGGCACCGGCGGAGAGUCCAUUUGGGGAGGGGAGUUUGAGGACGAGUUUCACCCCACUCUGAAACACGACCGGCCCUACACCCUGAGCAUGGCAAAUGCGGGACCCAACACAAACGGCUCGCAGUUCUUUCUUACUGUCAUCCCGGCACCGUGGCUGGACAACAAGCACACCGUAUUCGGCCGCGUCACCAGGGGCAUGGAGUCCGUGCAGAACAUCAGCACCGUUCGCACCCAUCCGAAAACGGACAAGCCUUAUGACGACGUGCGCAUCGUCAGCAUCACCCUCAAGUGAGGUCCGCGCUACAGCCUUUUCUUGAUGAGCUUCUCGAGGCAUCGAAUGCGGCUUCCUUCCUGUUGAUGUGCACCUGCUGCGGUCAGAGCUGUGAGAAGCUGGGCAGCUGUUCCACCUUCUCCCGUUGCUCUUGCAGGUGGCAGGUGCGUCCUGAAGAUGUCCACCAUCUGGCUCUGCUCGCUGCGUUUGAUGCCCUAAAUAAAAUAGUAUGGGUGUGGACAAUUAAUUAAUAGGACUUAUGAAAAUAAAUGUGCCACUGAGCUGGCUGGACUGUGUAUGACAGUGAAAAUAACAAACAGUAUUUUUGUCAA